AUGGACAAAUUUGAUGUUUCUGGAAAAAUAACUACACUGCUACAAUUAUUGCCAAUGCAGAUCAACAAGUUGCUAUCAAGUUCAAAGAUGAUAGUAGUAAUGAGAGAAGGAGCUAUUCAGGAUCUAUGGAAUAGCCUGGAACAAGUUAACUCUAUUAUUUCUGAACCUUGGUGUAUUGGUGGUGACUUUAAUGCCAUCAUGGAUCCAGACGAAAAGAUCGGUGGUAAGCCCCAUAGGAUGUACAAAAGUUUGGACUUUAUUAACUGUUUGGAUAACUGUGGGGCUAGAGAUGUUGGUUUCACUGGCCCGAAAUUUACUUGGUGUAACAAUAGAAGGCCAAAGGAAAGAAUUUGGAAAAGACUUGAUAGAGUUUUUAUUAACGACCUUUGGGCUCAAAGAUUUCAGGACAACUCUGUUAGACAUCUUGUGAGAACAGGUUCGGAUCACAGACCAUUUUUGAUGAAAUGCUCUAAGUUAUCUCAAGAUCGUCCCAACUAUUUUAGAUUUCUCAACUGUUGGGUGAAGAUACUUGAUUUCUAUGAGGUGGUUAAAGAAGCUUGGGACAUCCCUGUGCAUGGCAACGACAUGUGGAGGCUUCAAUUUAAGCUUAAAACGUUAAGCAGGAAACUUACACAUUGGUCUAGACAUGAUAUUGGUGACAUCCAUAAGCAGGUGACUAUUUGGGAGGAAAAGGUUCAAAAUUUAGAAGAAUUUGACAUUAAUCACAACACUGCGGCAGGAAGGGAGGAGGUGAACAAGGUUCAUGCAAAAUACACAAAAUGGAUGGGGUUACAUGAUUCUAUUCUCAGACAGAAGGCUCAUAUCAAAUGUUUCAAAGAAGGGGAUAAAAACUCAAAGUAUUUCCAUUGCCUCCUUAGAAAUAAUAGAAGCAAGCUUCAGAUAAAAAGGAUCAAGAAUAAUAAAGGAAAAUGGGUUCAAAAUAAGGAGAAAAUUGCUAAAGUUACCGUCAAACACUUUGAGGCACUUUUUAAUCUCCCUGAGCCAGUCCUAGACCACAACAUCCUGGAGUGCAUUCCCAAAGUUAUAACUGAUUUGGAUAACACAAAGUUAUCUAAAUUGCCCUUGCAGGAAGAGAUCAAGGAAGCUGUCUUUAGCCUUAGUGCGAAUAGUACAGCAGGACCAGAUGAUGAUAUAGAAAUAUUCAGCAGUAGAGGAACUAAAUCUAUCAAACUUGUGAUGAAGCAAAUAAAGAAGUAUGAACUUAGCUCAGGACAAAAGGUGAAUAAUGAGGAAAGCUUCUUUCUUACAGCUCCUAAAGCCUCUGCCACCAGGAUUAACAAGAUGAGGAACAGUUCAGGAUUUAUGGAUAAGAAAUUUUCAUUUACUUAUCUUGGAUGUCCUAUAUAUGUUGGAAGGAAAAAAAUCAAGUACAUUGACAUUAUGGUAAGCAAGGUAAUCAUAAGAUUAGGAGGUUGGCAAGGGAAAAUAUUGUCUUAUGGAGGGAAGAAAGUUCUAAUCAAGCAUGUGCUCCAAGCACUCCCAACAUACACUCUCGCAGCUCUUAAUCCUCCUAAAACAAUUUUCAAACUUUUGGAAAGACACUUUGCAAAUUUCUUUUGGGGAGUGCAUCAACGUCAAAAGAAGUAUCUCUGGAGCUCAUGGAGAAACCUAUGUUAUCCCGAAGCAGAGGGCGGAAUUGGCAUCAGGAGUAUGGAGGAACAAAGCAUGAUUUUAGCUACAAAAAGAUGGUGGAGAUUCAGAUAUAUUCCUUCUCUUUGGGCUGCCUUCCUGAAAAGUAAAUAUUGUAUCAGUACUACUAAAAAAUGGGCCUCAGAUGGUAGCUUUAUCUCUACCAAUGAAAGUGCUGGUAUGGGCGGAGUAUUAAGAAAUGAAAAAGGUGAUUUUGUCUUGGCAUUUUCCUGUCCCAUUCGAUGCGCAAGUAACCUAGAGGCAGAAGCAAUGGCUGCUAAACACGGGAUGAACAUCUGUUGUCAGAAAAAUCACUCUAACUUCAUACUAGAGUUGGACUCGCUAGCUAUUGUGGAGAUGAUAAAUUAA